GACCAGUGUGACGUCAUCGCAGGUCCUGCAGCCCCAGGAGGUGAGAUCUGCAGGUUCAGGACUCUCUUCUUUUGAAAGACAAUGGUCCUUUCCAUCAAUGACCCACCAAGGAUGGAGAAGGACGGAGACCACAUGGUUGCAAGGAUAUUAGACCUCACCCUGGAGAUCAUCUCCUUGAUAACUGGAGAGGAUUACACAGUAGUGAAGAAGUCAUCUGGUGAGUGUGUGGCACCCCGUGUGUCAGGAGGAUGGAGCAGGACCCAGAGCCCCAUCACCGAGCCUCCACCUCAUUCCCUGAUACAUGAGCAGAAGAUCCUAGAACUUACCACCAGGAUCACUGAGCUGCUGAGCGGAGAGGUUCCUAUAAGGUGUCAGGAUGUCGCUGUCUAUUUCUCCAUGGAGGAGUGGGAGUAUUUAGAAGGACACAAGGAUCUGUACAAGGACAGAGACCACAUGGCUGCGAGGAUAUUAGACCUGACCCUGGAGAUCAUCUCCUUGAUAACCGGAGAGGAUUACACAGUAGUGAAGAAGUCGUCUGGUGAGUUUGUGGCACCCCGUGUGUCAGGAGGAUGGAGCAGGACCCAGAGCCCCAUCACCGAGCCUCCACCUCAUUUCCUGAUACAUGAGCAGAAGAUCCUAGAACUUACCACCAGGAUCACUGAGCUGCUGAGCGGAGAGGUUCCUAUAAGGUGUCAGGAUGUCGCUGUCUAUUUCUCCAUGGAGGAGUGGGAGUAUUUAGAAGGACAAAAGGAUCUGUACAUGGACGUCAUGAUGGAGAAUAAUCAGUCCUUAACAUCACCGGGUGAAGACAAAAUGAGUGACUCCCAUGGAUAUCUCCAUUUAUCUUCCCAUCAUGAAGCAGAAGAUAACAAUACCACACAAGUUAAUUCAAUAACUCCUAAUGUACCCUCAGUCCUUCAAAGUAGAUAUCUAUCCACCGAUACUGCUGGUCACAAGAAACCUUCAUCUAAUCAAUCACUGGUUGCCAAAACAAGAACUAAAUCGAAACAUAGGAAAGUAGUUCCAUGUGAGAAACAGUUAAAAAAUGAAUCUAAUCUUUCUUUGCAAAAGAGAAAUCACAGAGAUAACAGGUCAUUUUCAUGCUCAGAAUGUGGAAAAUGUUUUAACAGAAAAUUAAUUCUAGUUAGACAUCUAAGAACUCACACAGGAGAGAAGCCGUAUUCAUGUUCAGAAUGUGGGAAACGUUUUACCACAAAAUUCUUUCUGGUUGUACAUCAGAGAAUUCACACGGGCGAGAAGCCAUUUUCGUGUUCUGAAUGUGGGAUCUGUUUUAACCGGAAAUCAUCUCUUCUUUAUCAUCAAAGAACACACAAAAUAGAGAAACCAUUUCCAUGUUCAGAAUGUGGUAAAUGUUUUAGUCAGAAAUCAGAACUUCGCAGACAUCAGAGAACUCACACAGGAGAGAAGCCAUUUAUGUGUUCUGAAUGUGGGAAAUGUUUUGGUCAGAAAUCACAUCUUGCAAGCCAUCUAAGAAUCCACUUAGGGGAGAAGCCAUUUUCAUGUUCAGAAUGUGGGAAAUGUUUUACCCGUCAAUCAAGUUUUAUUCGGCAUCAGAGAACUCACACUGCGGAGAAGCCAUUUCCAUGUACUGAAUGUGGGAAGUGUUUUGGUGUGAAAUCAAUGCUUAUAGAACAUCUAAGAACUCACACAGGAGAGAAGCCAUAUUCAUGUUCAGAAUGUGGAAAAUGUUUUAGUCAGAAAUCAAAUCUUGUGAGCCAUCUAAGAAGCCACUUAGGGGAAAAACCAUUUUCAUGCUCAGAAUGCGGGAAGUGUUUUAGUCAGAAAACACAUCUUGUAAGCCAUCUAAGAAUCCAUUUAGGGGAGAAGCCAUUUACAUGUUCAGAAUGUGGUAAAUGUUUUAAUCUGAAAUCAUGUCUUAUUAGACAUCAGAGAACUCACACAGGGGAGAAGCCAUUUUCAUGUCCUGAUUGUGGGAAAUCUUUUAGUCAGAAAUCAAGUCUUGCUAAACAUGAGAGAACUCACACAGGGGAGAAGCCAUUGUAAUAUUUUCUGUUAAAUAAGACAGAUGUGCAGCUUCAUUGUAGGAUCUGCCUCCUAAUAACUUUAGAUGUAUAACUUAAUGCCUUGAGGAUCGGGGUUAAAUAGUAUGGUACAGAAAAGAGUACUCAAAACACCUGCCCUAAACUAAAGCAACAUUCUGAACACAUGGGCACUACCAUUAUGAGCAGGACCACAACUAUAAUACUCACCCAUCAUUCUUUUUGAACAACAGAAAUCACUAAUCACUGUUUAACUCCCUUUCUGCUAUGAUCAAAGCUUAAAGCAAAGGUGUAUUCCAUUUGACUUUAUUCACUUAUGACCCUAAUAUGUAUGUGUAAAUCCACAUUCUCCAGGUUCUUAUAUACAUUUUUGUUCUUGUUUCUCAGUGGCAUUAGUUUCAUGAAGAUCCCCAAGGGCCAAAACGUCACAUGUAUUGCCUUCUAAAAAUAAACCACAAAUUGCAUUAUGA